UAGUAGCCUACCAAGCUUUGGAGAGAGAAAAAAACAAAAGAUGGAGAGCAAGGUUGACAAACCACAUGUGAUAGUGCUUCCUUACCCAAUUCAAGGUCACAUAAACCCAAUGAUCCAAUUCUCCAAACGCUUGGCUUCUAAAGGGCUCAAAGCCACCCUAGCCAUCACAGUCUUCAUCUCCAACACCAUGAAGCCUGAAUCCUCAGGCUCCGUCCAAAUAGACACGAUCUCUGACGGCUACGAUGCCGGAGGCUUGGCGGCAUCCGGGGGCAUCCAAUAUUACCUCCCACGGCUAGAAGCCAUUGGGUCAAAGACCUUAGGCGAGCUCAUCAUAAAACAUAAAAAAACUUCCCACCCUAUUGAUUGCAUAAUUUAUGAUGCUGCGAUGCCAUGGGCUUUGGAUGUAGCCAAACAAUUUGGCUUACAGGGAGCAGCCUUUUUCACUCAAAUGUGCGCUGUUAAUUACAUUUACUAUAAUGUUCAUCAUAAAUUAUUGAACCUCCCAAUUUGUUCAACGCCUAUCUCCAUCCCUGGAUUGCCAUUGCUUCAGCCUCGAGACUUGCCAUCCUUCAUUUGCUCUUCAGAAGGGUCAUAUAUAGCUUACCUUGGAAGGGUACUGAAUCAGUUUAAGAACAUUGACAAAGCUGAUUUCAUUCUUGUCAAUACUUUCUACAAGUUAGAAAAUGAGGCAGUGGAUUCCAUGUCAAAGGUUUAUCCAUUACUGACAAUUGGACCAACAGUUCCAUCUGUCUACUUGGACAAACGAGUAGAAAAUGACAAAGCUUAUGGUCUUGAUCUCAUCGACUUUAACUCCUCCACAAGCAGCGAUUGGCUAAGCACCAAAUACCCAGGGUCCGUGAUUUAUGUAUCCUUUGGGAGCGUGACCAGUCUAAGCAGCAAGCAGAUGGAGGAAAUUGCUAGGGGCCUGAACAACAGCAAUUUCUACUUCUUGUGGGUGGUUAGAGCCUCGGAGGAAGCAAAGCUCCCAAAGGGGUUCAAGGAAGAGAGCGGCGAGAAGGGCUUGAUAGUGAACUGGAGUCCUCAGUUGGACGUGCUAUCGAAUGAAGCCGUGGGGUGCUUUUUUAGUCAUUGUGGAUGGAAUUCAACGACCGAAGCUUUGAGCUUGGGAGUGCCAAUGGUUGCAAUGCCGCAAUGGACGGACCAGACGACGGUUGGUAAGUAUAUUGAGGAUGUUUGGAAGGUGGGGGUCAGAGUUAAGAUUGAUGAUGACAGCGGAAUUGUGAAUAGAGAAGAAAUUGAGUCCUGCAUAAGGCAAGUAAUGGAGGGAGAGAGAGGAAAAGAAAUAAAAGAAAAUGCUAAGAAAUGGAGGGAGUUGGCCUUAGAGGCAGUUGGUGAAGGAGGAACUUCGGACAGGAACAUUGAUGAAUUUAUGUCAAAGCUCAGACGCACUACCUAGCAAGUCAGUGGUGUUGAUCAAUCUGAAAUCACUGGGGAAAAAAGGACUGAUAUAAUUAAAUAAGAUAAUAAUGAUAUUUAUAAUUAAGGAAUUUGUCAAAGUGCUCUGAUGUUGCUAAACUUUCAUUCUGUUUUUUCCUUCCUGCUUUGCGCUAGCGUUCCAGUUGUGUGUUGUAUUGUCUAGCACUGAAAUAAAAGUUUUUUUUAUGA